AUGAGCCGCAGCCCAGAAAGGAUUUCGUCGUACCGUCGGCAUUUUGAAGAAUGCAGCUCCACAUCCCUCCAGGUGAGGGUGUCUAGCCCGUCACCAUCCCGCCAGGACCCCCGGCAGCAGCGUGCUGCCAGCUACUCCCGGUCGGCCGUGGCCACAGCUGGCAACGGCAUGGCGAUGGGACGCAGGACAGCCUCCACCUCCCGCAAGCCCCUGAUGGGGAGCGGCGCAAGCAUGGGCACCGUUUGUACGGGAGGAGAUGCGGUAGAUCUGGAAGCUGCUUCCGUCGAGAAUCAAGAAUUCCUCAGCACUCGCACCAGCGAGCGCAAGGAGAUGGUCGUGCUGAACGACAGGCUGGCUGCAUACAUCGAGAAGGUUCGGUCACUGGAGCAGCAGAAUAAGCUGCUGGAGGCAGAAAUCGAGGGCCUCCAGAACCGAUUCCUGAAGCCCACGGGCCUGCGCAUGCUGUAUGAGGAGCAGCUCAAAGAGCUCGGGAGGCUUGCCGAUCAAAUGAGAAAGCAGCGGGACCUGGCUCUUGCUGCCAAAGACGCCACGGCUGGACAGCUGGAGAUGAUGAAGGUCAAAUAUGAGGAAGCUGUGGAACUGAGGAGGAAGGCCGAGAUGGACAUCGAGCUUUUCCGUCCGGAUGUUGACGCAGCCACCUCCUCGCGCAUUGCUCUGGAAAAACAACUUGAGAACCUGGAGGCCGAAAUUGAGUUCCUGAAGAGGAUUCAAGGACAGGAAAUCGAGGAACUGAUGAAACAAAUCUAUUCUGCUCAUGCCACCGCCGGAGACGCCUUCGCCCUCCCCGACAUCGCGUCUGCUCUUAAGCAGAUUCAGCAGGAAUAUGACGUCAUCGCGGCAAAGAAUCUUCAGGAAAUGGACUCGUGGUAUAAUUCAAAAUUCGAAGAUUUAAACAAUAAAACCACAAAACAUGUGGAUAAAGUGCGUGGUGCACGAGAGGAGCUUGCAUCCGCUAAGAAAGAUAUUCAAGGCAAAGAGAGGGACAUGGAUGGUCUGAAGACCAAAAACGAUGGUCUGGAGGCUCAGAUUCUUGCAGCUCAAGAGAGACACAAGAAAGAGCUGGAGGCUCUCCAGGCCAGGAUCGAAGCUCUUCAGUUGGAGCUGAAAACCACAAAGGGGAGAAUCGCACAGCUUCUCAUGGAAUACCAGGACUUGCUGAAUGUUAAGAUGAGCCUGGAGAUUGAGAUCACUACAUACAGGAAGCUGAUUGAGGGCGAGGACAUCCGCAUCACCAGUAUGGUGCAGGGGGUGAUGGGCACGAGGGCCAUCGCUGGAAUGAGUGCUGGAAUGGCGGGUGGACUAGGUUCCGGAGCUGGAGCUGGAUAUGGUGCUGGAGCUGGAGCUGGAGCUGGAUAUGGUGCUGGAGCUGGAGCUGGAUAUGGUGCUGGAGCUGGAGCCGGAGUGGCCGGAAUGGGGGCAGGAACAGGAAUGGGUGCUGGAAUGGCCGCCCAAAUGGGAAUGGGGGCAGGUGGUCUCGGCGCCGGAAACGGUGGAGCUGCCAAUGGUAGACUUGGAGCCGGUCUGGGAAAUGGCGCCCAUGGCCAGACCAUCGCCACCUACUCCGAGGAGCAGGCCGUGGAGAUGACUGAGAGGAAGACCGUGCUUAUUAGAACAGUUAAAAACGAGGACGACACCCUCGAGAGUGACACACAGGAGAGGAGCUACAUCAUUGAAGGAGCUGCCGAUGAGGAAGAGGAAUAG